AUUUACUUCAAGAAUUUGUGUAAAAAGGUUACCGAUCCACUAGAUAACACUAAUUGAAUAAUAUGGCAGAUGUUAUUGCGUUUUGGAGGCUUUUAUUUACAGUCAAAAUAAAUCUAUGGAUUUACUUGUGUUAGGGCUGUUUUAAAGAAGAAAUGGCAAUUUAUUUAAGAACUCAUAUUUUACGUUUGAUUUUGUUUGUAUAUGGACUGAGAACUGUACAUAGUAGUAUUGAAGAUGAUAAGGAUAGAACACUAUCUAACCGUAUACAAGAAGCUUUUACUGAAAUGAGGACUCUUCACCAUACAUUUGAAAGUAUACUGAAUGAACUACCAGAAAAGGGGUGUCAGCAGUGCUUCAUAAACCUACACGACAUUGACUCAAACAAAAACCAAAAUUUGACUGAUCAGCUGAAGGAAACAAGAGAUGAAAACGCGACCGUAAAUGAAGAUAUUGGAAAACAGUCGGAGGUCAGUUCGCAAGAUAUCAAGGACUUCUUGCAGCGUAUUGGUAAUUUAGAACAGUCAAUCUUAGGGAAAGUUGACGCCAGACUCGCAUCGCAUCCUUUGAAAUUUAUAAAAGGGGUAAAAGGGGAGCCCGGACCUGAAGGACUCCCUGGAGAACCAGGGAUAGAGGGAAUACCUGGACGUCCAGGACCUAGGGGAUUUCCUGGCCUGGCUGGAGUUCGUGGACCACCUGGCCCUACUGGACCUCCUGGUGAAAAAGGAGAGAGGGGAGAUACGAAAGUUGGUCAUCUCGAAUUCAAUUGGAAAAAGUAAAACAUCAUCAUGACUCCAACGAAAUUUUAAAUGAUUUAUUCGACACGAGCUUAAAGUGUAAUGGGUUUGUGAAUUUUAUUAAAUCAUAUGGAUCAAAUGGUAAAUUAUUGUUUCAUUCACGUUAUUACGGUUAUGAAUGUUGCCACAUUUUAUAUAAUGACAAUCUUUGUCUUUAAGAGGAUAGUAAAUUAUUAUGCAGCCCACUGGAUUUUCCCAUUUAUAUACAUGUUGCUCACCAAUUUAUUCACUUUCAUCCUGUCCUUACAUUUAAUCCCAUGUUAACUUUUUAAAGAUCAUGUAUGUUAUGUAAAUAAAAAAAAAAUAUCAGAAAGGUUUGAUUUGAUGGUAAAUAUGAUAAUUUUAUGAAAAUGAAAUACAAUUAAUAAAUAAUACAGAAAAUGAAAUGCUGUAAAAAAUCUUCUGCGACUCGGUCUUCUAAAUAUAACACAAUGAUACGUCAUCAGCAACACAUGAUCAAUCAAGUGACCAAUCCCUUAAGUAGAACAAAACAGGCAUAGAAGUUGAAGAUGGCAACUCAUCAAGCACAGUAGAAUAUGUUCUAUAUUUCGUUUUACAAUAACAUUGGCGACAAAAACGAGAGACGCGGUUUCCUCUUCCCCGCCAUGCUUGUUUACAAAUGUGUGAACGCAUGUGUCACGUGUUCUCCGUUCAUUUACAUACAAAGAUGCGACAUACUCUUUGUGAUACCGUUGGGUAUUUUAUACGAUAACUUUGCGACUUAUUAUUUUCUGACCGUCGGAAUUGUUUUGUUAUUCAUUUGAAGACAAUCUCUAACGCAUAUAAAGCUAUUUUUUAUUCUUCUAUUAAACGUAUAAUUAUGAAAUGUUACAUUUACCUUUAAAUGGACACCACUUCAUCACGCAAAUGGGGAAUAUUAAUGUGUAUACAAUCUGUAUCCUUUACAAUCGGAUAAUUGUUUAAUCUUGAAAAAUGUGAGUUACCAACCAGCAGACAGUCAGCAAAGAAUUAAGAACAAUCUUUGUCACUGCUGUACAGCGUUCACCAUAAAUAGCCCCUAAGCAACAUAAUCGAUUUUUCCAACCUUAACUAUUUUCUUGUAAAGCUGAAUAUGUCUGGUUUUAGAGCAGUAUUUGAUUUUUUCUGCAAACUGAAUACCUUUUGUUAAUUUGCGAUUUUUAAAAAGGUCUAGCGUUUAUUGUUGUUUGAAACACUGUUUAAAAUAUUUGUAUGAUCAAAUGAUUUACUAAAUAAAAGCUAUAGUAUA